CAGCCUUAAUACCGUGUUGAGCGUGUGCUGGAGGUGCAGCAGGGGUCAGCUGGUGCUUCUGCAGGGACUCCAGCUCCAACACUGCUGCCGGCCGGACUGCUGCUGCUCAAACCCUGCUCUGCUCCCAUGAGAGCCGGCUCCGACCCCUGGCCCCGACUCCUCGGUGGGACAUGGCCAUCGCUGCCCGCUCCAGGACCGGCUUCUCCCGGCAGGAGGUGAACCGGACCGUGUGGGAGGUUCCGGAGCGGUACCGGGACCUGAAGCAGGUCGGGACGGGAGCCUACGGAACCGUGUGUUCAGCGUGGGACCGCCGCGCCGGGACGCAGGUGGCCAUCAAGAAGCUGCACCGGCCCUUCCAGUCCAAACUGUUUGCCAAAAGGGCCUACAGAGAGCUGCGGCUGCUCAAGCACAUGAAGCACGAAAACGUGAUCGGCCUGUUGGAUGUUUUCACGGCUGAAAUCUCGCUGGACCGGUUUCGGGACUUUUACCUGGUGAUGCCGUUCAUGGGCACGGACCUCGGCAAGCUGAUGAAAAUGGAGAGGCUGUCGGAGGACAGAGUCCAGUUCCUGGUCUAUCAGAUCCUGAAAGGCCUCAAGUAUAUCCACUCAGCAGGGAUCAUCCACAGGGAUCUUAAACCUGGAAAUUUAGCUGUUAACCCGGAUUGUGAGUUAAAGAUCCUUGACUUCGGCCUGGCGAGGCAGGCCGACGCCCAGAUGACGGGCUACGUGGUGACGCGCUGGUACCGAGCCCCCGAGGUCAUCCUCAACUGGAUGCACUACACGCAGACCGUGGAUAUCUGGUCGGCGGGCUGCAUCAUGGCGGAGAUGCUGCUGGGAAAGCCGCUGUUCAAAGGGAACGACCACUUGGAUCAGCUGAGAGAGAUCAUGAAGAUUACAGGAACUCCAACGUCCGACUUCGUUGUGAAGCUACAGAGCCAAGACGCCAAAAACUACAUCAGAAGUUUGCCAAAAGUGCCAAAAAAGGACCUGCGCUCCGUCUUCAGCAAAGCCAGCUCCAGCGCCGUGUCCGUCCUGGAGAAGACGCUGCUGCUGGACCCCGAGUGCAGGGCGAGCGCCGCCGAGGCCCUGGAGCUGCCGUUCUUCAGCGAGUUCAGGGAGGCCGAGGACGAGGACGAGGCCGAGGCGCUGCCGUACGACCAGACCGUGGACAACACGGACCUGCCGCUGGACCAGUGGAAACGUCAAACUUUCACUGAGAUUCUGACCUUCAGACCGGCGCGGGACUCCAAGGAGACGUCGCUUUAGGAGCAAACAACCCAGAAAUAUUUUGUUCUUUUUUUUUGAUUGAUUGAUUGAAAUCUUUAUUUCGAGGAUACAGAAAAAAAAACUAUUACACAAAACCAAAAAAGAAUACAAAUAAACACACAUUAAACAAAAUCAAAGGGAAAUAAACUUUCAUGCCCGAAAAGGAGUAGGAGGAAGUAAAAAACUUAUGGGGUCCUACCCCUUGUUUCUAUUUCAAUUUUGCUUGAAAAUAAAAAUAAGAAAAAAUAUAACACCAAGCUUUACUUUAUCAAAAAAAUUAUACCAGUUAUUACCUUAUAAAAUAUUCCAGCACUUAAUUGCAAUAUUAUACCUGGGCAUUAUGAAUAUAAAUAUACCUGAGCAUUAUAAAUAAUAUAUAU